AUGGUGCAGCCUGGGCGCACGCGACAUAUUUUCACACCCGCAUCUUGGCACUGCUUGACGUUGACCUCUUUCCUAUUGUUGCUUUUGCUUGUGGUGUUGCUGCCAGCAACUGGGAGCUCACCAGCGAGCGUCGGUGAACGCGGUGCCACUGGCUCCGACACGCUACCCAAGACGGUUUUCGGCAUAGCGAGUGAGGCUGAAACAGUCUCAGCUCGCUUGGAACAAGGACAACGUGGAGCGCUGUCUCGCUUGCAGAAGGCGAAACUUCCGCCCGAGCAGCAACGUGCGGAGCUUGAGCGACGACACGAGUUGGACUACGGUUUCGGCGACUGGCACGCGUUCCUCACAGAGCGUCCAGAGAGGCCUAUCAUUUCCCUGGUAAAGGACACCCGCGUUGGAUCGAUUGUGAUCAAGAAUCUUUUUUUCGACCCCGAUGUUGCGAACGUUUCGGAACUUCGAUUCGAGUAUAAGGCGCUCCGCGACCGAGAGUUGAUGCUACAAGACCAACUGGGUCGCGUAGCCCGCGAAAGAGAUAGCUUGCUAAAGCAAGCAGGUGAUCUGCGCCAAGCGCUUUUCGCUGCGGCCGGUCCCCGUGAUCAAUGGCGGGUAACAGAGAACGAUGCAUCCUGCAAGGCGGCAGUCAACGUCGCCCGACAGGAAUGCGCCGAAGAGAAGCGUGCGCUCGAGUCACUUUUACAGCAUUGUCGUAACGAGUUUUCGGGCCACGGCGGGUCGACUGCAAUCAACAGCGCGCUAGAAGCGACCGCCUCCGACACACGAGACGCGCACCUGGGCGCACAGUUGCCUGCGCCCGCGGACCCUCCGAUGUUGCACGGGCGAGGGUUGAACCGGGACGCGAGCUGGUGGCAGCUCACUUCGCAACUGAUGGUUGGCGUCCUGCAGUUCCUGGCGUUGCUUCUGACCGUGAGCCUCGCUGGAGCAAUCGUCACCCGAUAUGCGCAGCAGGCAACGACCAGUGCGGUGGAAGCGAUGGGAAACCUGGUGUUUGGUUUGCUUGGAUUCGUUCUGUUUCUGUCGCAGUUGCUGCUUCGUGGUGAUACGCAGCACAUCGCGAGAUUGGCGAGCGUUUUGCGCUUCGGGUUCGUUCAAUGCAUGAUUGCGGCGACGUAUUCGUUGUUGUGGAUCACACAGUGCAUUCGCCUUUUGCUCCGUGAGUCCGUGCUGAUAAGCGCGGCUAGUUAUAUGCACUCGCCACGCCCUGAUUCGAGCUUGAAGCAUUAUGUGAUGAUCAGUUUUUUGCGAUUGGUAGCAUCCACGUGGCUGGCCUACGACUUUUACGCCAUUUCCUGGGACAGGGCGCUCUGCACACCGUCCGAAGAAGCCAGCUUAUGGCGCUAUUUCACUUGGACGAUGGCUUCAGCUACGAUUUGUUUCUUCUCAACUCAGAGUGAAAGAGCGGCCUAUGCAAAUCUCUAUCAGAGUCUGUGGCGAGCAGCUGCAAUGCGCUUUGGCGGCGCCGGUGGAGCCUCUGGGGCACCCGUUUCCACGGACGCGGAAGCUAUGCAUGGAAGCCCGGUGCUCAGCCACGCGGUCACCGUCAAUGAUGUCGUUCUGCUGGAUCCGCGGGGAAGCGCUGCACUCGCGCGCGAGUCAACAGUCAAAAAGGCAUAG